GCGUACUGCACCGACGCCGCGAUAAAUCAAUCACAGCCGUCCGAUUGAUCAAUGUCAUCGCCGGCGCCGUCGUCGGCCUUCUUCGUCAUCUGCCUCCUCCACUCCCUAAUCGCCAUAUCCUGCGGGGCACUCAUGAUGUUCUACAUGACGGAAGUCUACACCUUCGGGCACGGGAUCGAGACCGCCCAGAAGCUGCUGGGGUCCACUCCCCACGACCAGCUCCUGAUUCGGACCUGCGACUCCUUCUCCGGCCUCCUCCUCUUCGCGAUCGGCUUCCUGCUGCUCAUGGUCUCCUUCGUGAAAGAUUGCGAGUUCCAGAGCUUCUUCGCCAAGGGGUGCACGUUGCUCCACGUUUUCAUGGCGCUGUGGAGGUGCUACUUCGAGCGGCGGGUGGAGGACCUCGCCUGGGACUGGCUGAGGCAGACGGUCGGCGACGUCGUGCUGGCGGCGUCUUGGGUUUUCUUCCUUAUUUUCUCCUGGAGAGAAAAGUACGACUAAGCCCCCCUUCUUCCUCGUAAUUUACGGCCUGUUGUUUUGUUAUAAGUUGUUAAUUUGCCUUAUUAAUGGGUAGUAUGUCGAUUAUUGAGAAAGUGUGGAAAAUUGGAGUCUCUCAGUGUUUUUUUUUUCUUUUCUGUUUUUCUUUUUUUGUAAGAAAGAAAAAAGGUGUUUGCUUAUUGGUUCAGUUACAUGUUAGUGGAAUUUUGGCGAUCUUUGUUGUAGAUAUUUACUUUUGUGGAUAAUGAAAGUUGAAACACAUCA